CAUAAAGAGAGAGAGAUAGAGAUGUCGGCAAUGGAGACGGUGGUGUCUCGGUCACCAGCCUGCAGUGGUAGUGGUAGCGGUAGCAGCAGGUGGUGUCCGACACCAGAGCAGGUAAUGCUGUUAGAAGGAAUGUAUAGGGCAGGUCUAAAAACACCGACUGCAACGCAGAUACAGCAAAUAACUUCACGACUCUCUCUAUACGGCAGAAUCCAAGGAAAAAACGUGUUUUAUUGGUUUCAAAAUCAUAAAGCUAGAGAUCGGCAAAAGCUUAGAAAGAAGUUAAUGGCGAUUUAUCAACACCAACGGCUUUCCUCCCCUUACAACUCACCUUACCAUCAUCCCUAUGCACUCCAGGGUGAUUUUGGUGUAGUCGAAGAUACAUCAAUCUGCAAGGACAGUGUCAACAAACGGAAGGUUGAUCAGACCUGCAGCAAGGAGGUCAUAUGUGAUUGCCCACUCAUGCCAGUGAUGAUGAUGGAGAGUACAAGUCAAUAUUGCACAAGAGUACCACCCAAAACCCUACAACUCUUCCCGACCACAACCACUGCCACCAGUCUCAAAGACGAUCUGUGCACCACCUCUAAACCCUAGUAAACCUAAAUGAAAUGGACAAGACAGAAACCUUUGACGUUAGGGUUAGGUUUUCAAGAAGAUUUAAAUAAAGCAAUUCUUUCUUUAGGAUAUCAAAUCAAAUUAAUUCCCAGUAGUAGUGUUGUAAGGUCGUUUUUGUAAGGACUUGUAUAUAGUGUAAUAAAGAUUGUACCGUGACAUAUGGUGUUG